AUGUUCACUCACCACCAAAUUGAAAAACUAUAGAAAUGUAAUUCUUAUUGUUUAUAUUGUGGUGAUAGCUAUACUAUAGCAUAUUAUGCAUUAUUUAUUUGAUGUACUCCAGUCCUCUUGGAUAAAUUUUCUUUUGUUUUUCCUGAAUUGAAUUUUAAAUGGAGGGUGGCUUCCUGUAUCUUAUGUUCAGUGAUUGCCCAUCAUAUCAUGAGAUUAGUACUUAUUUUCAUUAAUCCAAGACUACUAUUGAUAACUCCUUAAUCCACUAAAUAUAAGCAGUUCAUCAUGGUUAAUAUUUUGAGCCAAAUGGUGGCAUAAAGAUAAGUAGUCUAGUUCCAAUUGUUAUUAUGAAAGAUGAUUAAUAUCUUCAUCACUUCUUUCUUGAAUACAUUUAUACAAUCAGGUAAAUACUCAAUUUUCAUUAUUAGAAGGAACAAAAAAAGGUAAUUGUAAUAUUAUUUUCCAAAUUUACAACAUUACAAGGUUUUAGCAUUAAAGCAAUGAGUCAUUUUUACUCACUAGUUAGUUGUUAGUACUUAAUUGAAAACUUAGUAAUCAUAGGGAGAUUAAAACAUUAAAUAGCAUCAGCAGAUAUAAAGAAAAAGUAAACUCUUAAGUAAUUUUCAGUGACGCUGAACUUGCAAGUUUGGCGUGUAGUUGAUGUAGAUAUCCAGUAUAUUCACUUUUUUUUACAGCUUAUAAAAUACCUUAGCGCGCAUUUGCAACAUUGUAUCAUUUUAGCAUAAACUUGAUUAAAUAUGUUAGUUUUGCAUUGAAGGAAGGGCAACUAUCAAAUAAGUUUGGCGUUAAUUUCUGUAAGUUAGGCAUGUUAAGGAGCAAGCUAAAAUAGCACUCUUGUGAUUUUCAGACAUAAUCAGUAUCAUAAGUACUACAUGUUUUUUAGGUCUUCGAAGAAGUGCAAAAUUCAUAAAUACAUUGCUGAAUUUAUUUCAAGCAAAUAGAU